AUGCCCCGUUUGGCGGAAGCGCGAGACAAAGCAAAGGGAAAAGGCGUGCGGAAGGAAGUCGCCUCUCUGGCACUCGCUCGCUGUUCCACUCGCUCAGAGCAGCAAGCCGGCCUGCGCGAGGGAGCCAAGACGCUCACUCCUAGGCUUAGUAGGCUUCGAAGUUGCCUCUCUAAGGCAAGUCCGCCCGCUCGUGAUGCUGAGCUGGCCUUGGCUAGAGACAGAGGAGGGGCCGUCGAGCAAGUGGAGAGCCGAGUUGAGGAUGGGCAUGAUGGACCGAUGCAGGUGCAAGAGCAUCUAAAGGACCUCAACCAUGCCUAUACCCACAUCGAUCUUUACACUCAUCGCCAGACCAGGAAGAGAAGAACCGUAGUCACAGGCAAGAGGACUGAAGAAGGGCGCACAGCCAGUCAGUCGCGGAUAGGGGUCGACAAGAAUUCUGCUGUAUCCAACGACGAUGAUUAG